AUGGCUGCGACGUCGUGGAACUUCGCACGAUUACGCAUGAUUCACUGCCACCCACCCCCCGAUGGUCCGCGAUCACCCGAAAUUCACCCAUCGCAGGUGGUCGUACGACGUGUUAAGGUCGUAUCAAAUUGUCAACAUUCAGUAUUAAAAUGGACGGAAAUAAAAACUACAACAGCAACCAUCUUGGUGACCUUGACCGUGACCUUGACAUUGACCCACAUUACAGUUCAGCCAGUAUCGGCUAAACGUGACCUAACUUUGCCAGGCGCGGGAAAGAAGGUUUCGUAUUUCAAACUCAAAGAAGCCACGUGGGAGACUGCAGACGAUGAUUGCCUAGGAAAGGGAGAUAACCUAAUGAUGGCGAAAACCCCAAAAUUGGACCCGAGUUACCGGACGUUGUUCGGGAGUGGGAGUAAUUCAUCAAACUCUUUGUUCUGGAUUGGAGGAUAUGUCACAUUUUCAUCGUGGAAGUGGGCGGAUGGGUUAAAAUUCUACUCAGAAAAGGGUUGCUUCCAUGAAGGCGAAACCGGAAGUACGAAAGGCGGACGCUACAUGGGAAAGGCAAAUGGUCCGGAACUGUGUUUCCAUGUGUGUGAGAAUUACACAACAAUAUCACUAGGGGAUGAAAUCUGUUUCUGUGUGGACGAUCUGUCGGAAGUGAUAUCAGUGCCCUCAAGACAAUGUAACAAGCCAUGUUGGAAAAUCAGAGAUCAAAUGUGCGGCGGAGAAGAAGCUAAUUCAAUGUACGAGAGAGAUCCGCAUGUUCCGCAUUUUGCCUUGUGGGAGUCUGCGCAUCCGGAAGUGUGUGCCAGCCUCGUUGUGGAGUCUGACGGAAGUCAGUAUUUGAAGUCUGAGAAUUGCAGCGAGAAGCAUGGAUUCAUAUGCACACUUGAGCAGAUAUCAGACCACACCAAUAACAGCAUCCACGUUUGUCACAUGUUACACGUCAACGACGUGCUGAAAAUGUCGUGGCCGGAAGCACGUGACCGGUGCGAGAAAAAUGGUGGACAGAUAUUGCCUGAGUUCCUGCCGGAUUACGGAAUGUGCCCGUUGAAUUCUGGGACAUACUGGAUCGGGCUUACGAGGACGAUGAAUUGGACGUGGAUUGAUAGAACUGUUAUCUCAAGUGACAUAAAAUACAAUUUUGCUGGACGUUGCCUAGCAGCCGAAUUAUCGGAGGAUUCCAGUCUAAAGUUUUAUGCCAGGAACUGUUCCGAACGGCUUCCCUAUAUCUGCGGAAAUGAUUACCAACAUGUUUUCACUCCGACUCGUGUUUCAAGUGUGGCAACAACCGCCAUUUACAUGUCGUCUGUUGGCAACGACACAGACGUGGUCGGAACGACUCUCUCUCAGCUGUACGACAGCACCAAUGAUGACGUGUUUGUUACGAUCGGUGUAGCUGUUGCUAUCUGCGUGUUGUUUAUGGGAGCAGUCAUCGUCGUCGGUUGUCUAAGAAAAAGAAAAAAGUUGAAGAAGAGUACCGAAGCUGGAUAUAACGCAGAGGUGAAUGGAAUUGAAGAUUUGGAAGGGCACAUCUAUAACGUGGAGGACAGAAAACCCAAACAUGGCGUCAAAGUCCAUGUGAACACUCACCACCAGAAACCAGUGUAUCAAAAUAUACACACAGACACUGGUAUCACUACCAUAUAGACUCAAUCUUAUCGAAAUCACAUGUUAUUCAAACAAACGUGUGAGAUAUAUGUAUCUGAGAGAGAGAGAGAG